GUCGUUAUAUAAAGGGAGUUGUCAAGCAAAUGUAAGCGGUAAUUAACUGUUUCGCCAAUCGAAUAGUGGGGUGAAGAAAAUAGAUUUAGAACCACAUCAUCUGGAAACUCCAGAAUAAUGACGGUCGUCGAAGAUGUGCAGACGUACCAAUUCUCAACGCGUCUGAUCUUCUACCCUCUAGUGCUUCUCGCUACGGGGCUAUGGCUUCUAUACAGAUGGCAACAACAGUCCAAGCUUCAUAAAUUAGGAAACAAAUUGCCAGGGCCUCUUGCAUUACCAGUAUUUGGCAAUGCUUUGUUGGCUUUCGGCAAAAAACCAGAAGAACUGGUUCGAUUGGCUUUGGAUUAUGCUGAACAGUACGGGACAGUUGUAAGGGGCUGGUUGGGUUCAAAACUAAUUAUUUUCUUGAGUGAUCCAGACGAUGUUGAAGUCAUUCUCAACAGUAAUGUACACAUUGAUAAGGCUACAGAAUAUAAAUAUUUUAAGCCCUGGCUUGGAGAAGGUCUUCUAAUUAGUUCAGGUGAAAAAUGGCGCUCCCACCGUAAAAUGAUUGCUCCUACAUUCCACAUCAAUAUCCUUAAGUCAUUUGUUGAUACUUUCAACCAAAACAGCAAAAAUGUUGUUGAGAAAAUGAAGACUGAAAUGGGCAAGGUAUUUGACGUCCAUGACUACAUGAGUGGUGUUACUGUUGAUAUUCUCUUAGAAACUGCAAUGGGCAUAACGAAAGAAACUCAAGAUGAAUCUGGUUUCGACUACGCUGUAGCGGUAAUGAAGAUGUGUGACAUCAUUCACCAGAGGCAUUAUAAAUUCUGGCUUCGUUUCGAUUCGAUCUUUAAGUUAACAUCGUUCUUUGAGAAGCAAAAGAAACUUUUAGGAAUCAUUCAUGGACUUACCAACAAGGUAAUCAAAAAUAAGAAGGAAAAGUACAUCCAAAAUAAAUCAAAGGGCAUUGCAACUCCCGGCAUCUCCGAAACUAUUUCAUCGUCAGAAAAUGAUACAGGGCUUGCUAAUGUCAAGACACUUGCAGAUACAGUCUUCAAGGGCUACCGAGAUGAUCUUGACUUCAACGAUGAAAAUGAUGUCGGAGAGAAGAAACGCCUUGCUUUCUUGGACUUAAUGAUUGAAUCUGCUCAAAAUGGAACAAAUAAGAUCACAGAUUUUGAAAUCAAGGAAGAAGUCGACACGAUCAUGUUCGAGGGCCACGACACAACUGCGGCUGGAUCUAGUUUUGUCUUAUGUCUUCUUGGUAUCCACCAAGAUGUUCAAGCCAGAGUAUACGACGAGCUUUACUCCAUUUUCGGUGAUUCCGACCGCCCAGUGACAUUCGAGGAUACUCUACAGAUGAAGUAUUUGGAGAGAGUCAUCUUUGAAUCUCUUAGGAUGUAUCCACCAGUACCAAUUAUUGCUAGAAAGUUGAACCGAGACGUGAAGAUUUCUACAAAUAACUACCUACUGCCAGCUGGUGCCACUGUUGUUAUUGGUACUUUGAAAGUACAUCGCAACCCGAAAUACUACAAGAACCCAGACAAAUUCGACCCUGACAACUUCCUACCUGAGAAUACCCAAAACAGGCAUUACUACAGCUACAUUCCAUUCAGUGCCGGACCUAGGAGCUGUGUCGGUCGUAAAUACGCUCUGUUGAAGCUAAAAGUACUCUUGGCUACAAUCUUGCGUAACUUCAAAAUGGUUUCUGAUGUAACUGAGGACCAGUAUGUACUGCAAGCCGACAUUAUCUUGAAGAGGAGUGAUGGCUUCAGAGUUCAGAUAGAGCCAAGGAAACGAGUCCCAUCCAACGUUGCAUAACUCUAAGUACACUAAUGACUAUUAUAUCAUUGUAGAUCUUUAUAUUAUUAUCAGUGAAGUUAACAUGUAACAAUGAUUGUAAUAAUUACAUCUCAAUUGUUGAUAAUAUAAGGCUGAAUCGAUUUUUUCGGAUUCUUUUGUAUUUAUGGUUGUCUUAUUUAUUUUUUGACUGGUGAAGAAAAGCAAAUAAAAUAAAGUUGCUAUAGAAAA